CCCUGACGUUGCCAGAACCCAGCCCGGCUCAGCCAGCUCGUCUUCUCCCCUGCCCCCCCCUCCCCCGGGUGUUCGCUGCCUGCUUUUUCUGCCCGCCUCCAGGACGGUCCCCUCACGAGGGCGGCUUCUGCUUUCCCUUUCGCCGCCACGCCAGUUUGGUCGCUGCUCGCCAUGACCUUGUUGACUGCCGGUAGCAGGGCGGCCGCGCGCCUGUUGGGAGCCAAGAAUUCAUCAUGUAUCAUUUUUGCUGCGAGACAUGCAAGUGCUUCUACAAAUCUGAAAGAUGUUCUUGCGAAUAUGAUACCCAAAGAACAAGCAAGACUUAAAAGCUUCAGACAACAAUAUGGCAGUACUGUCAUUGGACAAAUUACUGUAGAUAUGCUCUACGGUGGCAUGAGGAGUAUGAAAGGGCUAAUAUACGAGACCUCUGUCUUGGAUCCUGAUGAGGGCAUUCGUUUCCGUGGCUACAGCAUUCCCGAGUGCCAGAAGCUGCUACCCAAAGCCCCUGGAGGUGCAGAGCCCCUUCCCGAAGGUCUCUUUUGGUUACUGGUGACAGGAGAGAUUCCUUCCCAAGAACAGGUGACUUGGGUGUCUCGAGAGUGGGCGAAGAGAGCGGCCCUGCCUUCCCAUGUAGUGACUAUGCUUGACAACUUCCCCACCAAUCUUCAUCCCAUGUCACAACUCAGUGCUGCUGUCACAGCUCUCAACAGCGAGAGCACUUUUGCCCGCGCCUACUCUGAAGGAAUUAGCCGGACCAAGUAUUGGGAG